GCCACCUGUUUCUCUCUCGACACUAACACUAACGCCAUCAUCAGGCUCAUAUAUAUAUUAGAGAGGGAGAGAAAGAAUCAUAUUUUGAUCUCAAUGGCGGCUAUGUUUUUAGCAAAAAGAGUAACCAUAAACAUACACAUAGCUACUUCUCUACACAGGAGUGCUCCAUCUUUUGCUAAUAGAGGACUCAUUACAAUCACUAGCCUUAGAUACUUCUCAUCCAACGGAAAUGACUUAGGAGAGAAGUCAAAGGGAGAGGGAAUGGGGACAACUACAGAUGGCAAGGCGCCGAAUGUGACGAUGAGUCAUGCGGCUGACACAUCCAAAGAUGGGUUGAAACGAGCAGUAGAUGUAGCAAACGAGGAGAGUGGAGAUGCUAGCAAGCGGAAGAGUGGAGAGAAUAGUGAAGGAAGUGAAGAGGAUGUAGCUGUGGGUGAUGAUGGAACUGUUGAAGGCCAAAACCAGUCAUCAGGAUGAGAAUGGUAUGACGUAUAUCAACUUAUGUAGAAACCAUGGAGAUGCAAGGAGAAAGCAAAGUUGUAGCUGGUGAGAAACUGUACCUGUGUUGGGGUAUACUCACACCAGUCAUAUAGAGUAUAACUGGUUUAAUCCUUAUAUCUAGCAGUUAAAAAAUACGUUUUACAUUUCUUAA